UCAAUAAUAGCAUAUCCCGAAUCAAACACACACACAAAAAGGCAGUAAGCGCAUAGAUAUCUUGAAUGAACGGUGACGAUGACGAUAACAGAGAGGUCAACAGUUCAUUUCAUUUGAUUGUUGUAAGCAGGAAUUAAUGGUAACGGAACGGCAAUUUACUCAGUGUACACUAGACUAGACUGUUAUCUUCUUUUCGCUUCGCUGCUACUGCUAUGUCCUAAUGAUAAUCAAAGGAUUGUUUAGAAGAUAUGAAAGAUGGAACCCUGUGCAUCCGACUUAUGGGGCCUUUUAUGGAAUGGGUGUGGGAAUUGGUUGUGGUGUUGGAUGGGGUCCUGGAUUUGGACCUGAAGUUGUAGGGUAUGUUGGAGCUGGUUGUGGCAUUGGAUUCAAUGUUGGUAUCACUCUUGCUGGCUUUGGAAUUGGCCUUCCUGCUAACAUCAUCUUUGCAGCUCCUUAUAAUGCUCUUUUGGCAACAAAAAGCUCUGCAUUGAAGUUAGCACGUUCCGGUGGUCUUCUUUCUAGUACACAAACCUCAGAGGAUGUCCGGAUUAGAAAUGUACCUUGUGUGUCUGACUUUCAAAGAGAAGCUGGGGAAAAACUCUCUUGCUUUCGCCAAAACUAUUUAACUAUCAACGGAACCGAUAUCUUUGACAUGAAGAACAGCUUGCCUUUGCUUACUACUUCGGCCUGUAAAAGCAUACAAGCAUUUCAUAGCCAGCUGUUUUGCCCUGGUAAAGGAAAAGAAUCAAAAGAUUGAUUCCUUCCAUCCACAACCAUCGGCUUUGUGGUUACUUUUGGGUGGGCUUCUUAGUUUCUAUUUUGUUAGCUUGGAACAGAGGUCCUAUUUUUACAGUUAAUGAGAAAUCAUAUUGCUGUGCUCUCAAUCUGCUUUGAUGUAGCUCUUAUUAGUAACACUGAAAUUUGUUUCCGCACAGACAUAGAGAACACAUCAAUGACAUGAAAGGCUAAUACAGUGAUUAGCAAUAUAGGAAAGAUACCAAGUUAGAUAUUGGUGCGUCAGUUUUCUUCUUUCAUUGAAAAUGUUGAUUGUUACGAAACAAUGAACGAUGAAAGUGAUGAAUAAUUUUGAUCGGCUCAUUGAUUUUACCAUUUGUCUAAGCCUGAUUUCCAACAAAGACAGAAAUAACCAUCUUUUGUUUAUUUAAAGCAGGAUUUGUAUAAGAAAAGGAUAUGUAAACUUUCUUAGAAA